AGGACCCAUAUUUCGGUUACACAGUGUUUGUGGUACUUCCUGUUGGGGGUUUUUCGCUAGUUUAUUCAACACUCUUGGUCAUGUUUCGGAAUGUAUUUGCCAGAUUGGUGACGGAAAAGGUUCGUGUUCACCGCUACGUGAAGAAUGCGCCUUUUAUUCAGAGGGCAAUACCCGUCUCUGUGUCGGUCAGGAGCUUUGUGGAUGUGAAGGACGAAGUGCAGCAGCAAUUUGACACUUCCCUGCUUGAGUUCCUGGUAUGUCCGCUGUCCAAGAAGCCACUAAGGUACGAGGCUAAGACCAAUGAGCUGAUCAACGAGGAGCUUGGUAUUGCCUACCCUAUCGUUGACGGCAUCCCCAACAUGAUCCCUCAGGAAGCCAGACUCGUACAGAAAGACGCAGAUACCUCAAUCACACCAACACAAGGGUAGAAACUCCAUCACAACACCUUCGGCUGACCCAAGCAA